UGUGUGAUUUCUCCAUUUCCAGACUCGUUUGUGAUCCGUCUGUUUGACCGCAGUGUGGAAUUGGGACAAUUCCCUGCAGGGACCCCCCUGUACCCCGUCUGUAGAGCCUGGAUCGGCCACAGCCCCGCCCCCAAUGCACCCCCAGCACUGUGGCCCCGCCCCCAGGUUCUGGACCCCGCCCCCUCGAUUACGUCACUGAUCUACAAAAACAUGGAGAGAUGGAAACGGGUGCGGCAACGGUGGCGCGAGGCCGCCCAGCGGCAGCAGCAGCGUUACGGGCCCAGCCUGAGGCUGCUCCGCAUCAUCUACGAGCGACAGUGAGGCCACGCCCACACCGAGGCCACGCCCAUCCCGAGGCCACGC